AUUUUUAUAACAAAACAAGGAUGCAUUGUGGAUUAGUGCUGUUCCUCUUAAUGGAAAUCCUCUUCGUUGGUAAAGCUUUCAAAAAUGACAAGUGUGGGGACAACAUCAGAAUAACGAAUGCGAAUUACCUCACUUCACCUGGCUAUCCGGCAUCAUAUUUGCCAUCUCAGAAAUGCGUUUGGGUGAUUACAGCGCCUGGACCUCACCAGAGAAUUCUAAUCAACUUUAACCCGCAUUUUGAUCUCGAGGACAGAGAGUGCAAGUAUGACUAUGUGGAGGUACGUGACGGCGUGGACGAGAGUGGGCAGCUGGUGGGGAAGUACUGUGGGAAGAUCGCCCCGUCACCCGUGGUGUCUUCUGGGUACCAGCUCUACAUCAAGUUUGUGUCCGACUACGAGACCCAUGGAGCAGGCUUCUCCAUCCGCUACGAGGUCUUCAAAACAGGUCCGGAAUGUUCCAGGAACUUCACAUCUAACAAUGGGGUAAUAAAGUCACCUGGUUUUCCAGAGAAGUAUCCUAACAACCUGGACUGCACCUUCAUGAUCUUUGCCCCCAAGAUGUCCGAGAUCAUCCUGGAGUUUGAGAGCUUCGAGCUUGAGCCUGACACCACCCCUCCCACCGGGGUCUUCUGUCGAUACGAUAGGCUGGAGAUCUGGGACGGCUUCCCUGGAGUUGGUCCGUAUAUUGGGCGGUACUGUGGUCAGAACACCCCAGGUCGUAUCAUCUCCUACACGGGCAUCUUGGCACUGACAAUCAACACCGAUAGUGCCAUCGCCAAGGAAGGCUUCUCUGCCAACUUCACGGUGUUGGAGCGGACUGUGCCAGAGGAUUUUGACUGUACAGACCCAUUAGGUAUGGAAUCGGGGGAGAUAGCAUCAGAGCAGAUCGUAGCUUCUUCUCAGUACAACCCCGGCUGGUCCCCGGAGCGAGCCAGACUCAACUACUACGAGAACGCAUGGACACCAGGAGAGGACAACAACAAGGAGUGGAUACAGGUGGACUUGGGUUUCCUUCGGUUUGUGUCGGGCAUCGGAACACAGGGGGCGGUUUCCCAGGAGACCAGGAAAACCUACUGGAUCAAGUCCUACAAGGUGGAUGUCAGCUCUAACGGAGAAGACUGGAUCACACUAAAGGAGGGGUCAAAACAGAAGGUUUUCCAAGGGAACACCAACCCUACUGAUGUUGCCAGGACGAUGCUUCCCAAACCCACUCUCACCCGCUUCGUCCGGGUCCGGCCUGUUACCUGGGAAAUGGGCAUCGCUCUGCGCUUCGAGGUGCACGGCUGUAAGAUAUCAGAGUACCCAUGUUCGGGCAUGCUGGGCAUGGUAUCAGGUCUGAUCACAGAUGCCCAGAUCACAGCUUCGUCCCACACUGACCGGAGCUGGGUUCCUGAGAACGCCCGCCUGCUGACCAGCCGCUCUGGGUGGACCCUGCUUCCCCAGCCCCAGCCCUUCGCCUCAGAGUGGCUACAGGUGGAUCUGGGGGAGGAGAAGCUGGUGAGAGGACUCAUCAUCCAGGGAGGGAAAUACAGAGAGAACAAGGUUUUCAUGAAGAAGUUCAGACUGGGAUACAGUAACAAUGAAUCUGAUUGGAAGAUGGUCCAGGACGCUAACGGCAACAAGCCAAAGAUUUUCGAAGGGAAUCAGAACUACGAUACGCCAGAGCUGAGGACCGUGGAGCCCUUGCUGACACGCUACGUCAGGGUCUACCCAGAGAGGUCCACCCCUGCUGGAAUGGGCCUCCGACUCGAGCUCCUGGGCUGUGAGAUUGAAGCUCCCACUCCCCUCCCCACCACACUGGCAUCCACAACUCCGUCAGAUGAGUGUGAUGAUGACCAGGCCAGCUGCCACAGUGGAACAGGUGAUGACUACGAUGUGACAGGUGGGACCACUGCGCCAGAGGGCAAGACAGAGGUGGACACCAUCCCAGCGUUCCUGUGGUUUGCGUGUGACUUUGGCUGGGCCAACGACCCCUCGUUUUGCGGCUGGACCUCAGAGGACAGCGACUUCAGAUGGCAGAUACAGUCCAGCGGCACGCCCACGCUCAACACCGGACCCAACAUGGACCACACAGGCGGAUCUGGUAACUUCAUCUACACCCUAGCGACGGGCUCCCAGGAAACAGAGGUUGCUAGGCUGGUCAGUCCGGUGGUGACAGUUGGUCAGUCUGACCUGUGCGUGUCGUUCUGGUACCACAUGUUCGGCUCGCACAUUGGCACGUUGCACAUCAAACAGAGGAAGGAGAUGGUCGAUGGCAUGGCUGACAUACUACUGUGGACCGUCAGCGGUCACCAGGGCAACCGCUGGAGAGAGGGACGCGUGCUAGUACCGCACUCCAGUAAACCCUAUCAGGUGGUGAUUGAAGGGUUUGUAGAGAGGAAGAGUUGGGGUGACAUUGCUGUGGAUGAUAUCAAGAUCCUGGACAAUCUGAACAUGGCUGACUGCAAGGAUCCUGAUGUUCCUACAGAGCCCAUGCUGCCUGAAGACCGAUUUAAUGAAAUGAUUGUGGACAUCACAGACUUCCCUGACAUGAUGGAGAACAAUGAGAUCCUCAACGGUGUCAGUGGCGGGGCAGGCAACAUGCUGCAGACACUGGACCCCAUCCUCAUCACCAUCAUCGCUAUGAGUGCCCUGGGGGUCUUCCUGGGGGCCAUCUGUGGGGUCGUCCUCUACUGUGCCUGCUCACAUGGCCACAUGUCAGACAGGAACUUAUCCGCUCUGGAGAACUAUAACUUUGAGCUGGUGGACGGAGUCAAGCUAAAGAAAGACAAACUCAACUCACAGAAGUCAUACACAGAGGCGUGAGCGGGAAGGGGGAAGUGAGAUGUGUGUGUGUGGGGAGUGUAGCAUUUCGUGCGUGUGCACAAGACUGUAGGCAUAGCCAAGACUCAAUGUGUGGCUGGGGCUAAAGGAACUGCUGGAGGCCUCUCAUUGGAGGAGGCCCAGGUUAAGGAACCAAUGGGAGGUUGUGAUUGAGCCAUUGCUUUUCUCAGGAGCUGCAGUAAUGGGAACCUACCAGUAGGAGACACUGUGUACAAAAUUAAAUACAGGAGGAAAAAAUAUGUACAGAUGAUUAGAUUAUUAUUUAAAUUGUUCUAUUUGAUUUUCAUUCAUUUUUACAAUCGGAUGCUGGUGUUGAGACCAAUUUAAUUAUCACAAUGUUUAAAGUAUUUAUCAUAUUCUGUGAGGAAGACACAUUUUUGUUAUUAUAAUUAUUUUAAAUCAAAGUCAUUUUUGUGUUGAAGGAGAAGUAUCAAAACCCAAAAUUAACCAUAACUGACAAUAUUGUUGGUCAUACUGCACCAUGGUGGAGUAGCAGCAGGGUGUGCCCUCUGCCCCCCUGACCUCUGCCCCUGUCUACAGGUGUGGGUCAGAGGUUAAAGGUAAAGGUUGCACCCCUUGGCAGUAGAUGGUUCUGACAGUGCCUUUAAUACAUAUUUGUUGGCUUCCUUGUUGAUAUUGGAGUUUUUACAUCUCUUACGUUCUGACCACGUUGUGACAUCUGAAGCAGGGGCUUUAAAUUAGCUAACAAUCAAGUCUGCAAAACAGGAUCCAAUCCCUCCAUGGCACUUUUCUCUCUCUGUCCCAGACCCACAUAUAAUUGUAUAUACGUUUUAAUAUAUUUUCAUUAUUUUAAAGAAAAAAAAUGGAAAAAAAGCUGCAGUAUCCCUUUUUCCAAUGGGUUGUGUGUUGUAAAUACAAUCAUCUGCCUGUUGUUGUGAAGAGUGAAGUAUUUUGGUUGAAUUGUUUCAUUUCGAGCAGGCUCUGUGUGCUGUGUAAAGAUAGGCCAGUGCACAUUCAAAGAAGACAUGUUCUAUCUUCUAGAUGCAAUCCGCUUCACGGCACCAUGUGGAGGACGAAGAAGUUACUGUAAACAGAAAAGGAAAAAAUAAAAACAGUUGUAUUCAUGUUA